AUGGCAUCACUGAUGAACUCGGCGUGCUCUCUCUUCUUGCCUGUUGCUCUGCUGCUGAUGCUGAGCCAAUGCCCUGCUGCUGCAUAUUCAACCAGAAGGUGUCACUCCAUCUAUAAAGGAUUCGCUCAGUGUCUGAUGUCCCUUGGCGACAGUCUGACUGACAACGCCCGCAAGGACGAAGACACACAUGAGAUACACUCCAUCUGCAGAUCCUGGGAUGAGUUUCACGACUGCGCUAACGUAGCAAUGGCUGGCUGUCCAGAUGAAGCAGCAGCUGUCUGGGAAUCUCUACGGCAAGAAUCUAAGAAGAUGCAGUUCUCCGGAAACCUGUACGAUAUGUGCUCCAACCGCAACAACCAUGCGGUAGCCUCGGCCUCCCCACGCAACUCACCCAAUCAGGAGGAGAUCAACCAGGAGUCUCUAAGGGGGGCAACUGAUCAUCUGGCACGCAGCUCCCACCUUCUUGUGCUACUGGCUCCUCUACUGUUGCUGUUGUUUUGUAUAUAA